AUGUCCGCACCCAAAACAUGGCUCAUCGUCGGCGCAUCUCGCGGCAUCGGCCUCGAGUUCGUUCGCCAGAUAGUCACCCUUGGCCACCGCGUCAUUGCGACAGUACGCAAUCCCAACUCGGAUAUUGAUGCGCUGGCUCAGAGUGCGCCGGGACAAGUGCGGGUUUUGACAUGUGAUGUUUCCCGUGAGGAGAGUAUCAAUGGUUUUAUCCACCAAUUCGUUCAUUCCGGGGAGCAAAGAAUUGAUUACGCGGUCAUCAAUGCUGGGAUAUUAAAGUACCCAAACCGAACACUAGAAAUGACUUUCGAUCACUUCGCAACCCAUCUUCACACGAACACCAUUGGUCCCAUCAUCGUAGCCCAGAAACUACUACAACUCAGCAGCGUAGCCAUUGGUACGAUAGCUUUUAUGUCUAGCGACUCGGGCUCGACGGCGCGGUUCCUUGCCUUCGAGGACGGGUUUGCUGCAUAUGGCGCAUCAAAAGCAGCACUAAAUCAAGCCUUACGGCACAUGGCCGAGGAACUGAAACGCAAACAAAGAGAUACCAUUAUACUAGCCCUGCAUCCUGGAGAGGUUGCGACAGACAUGGGCAAUCUCGGUAUUGCAUGGGAAAUUUCUGGCGGACAGAUAACGGCGGAAGAAUCGGUGGUUGCGAUGAUCGAUGUGGUUCAGAGCAAGAAUAUUGAGCAUACUGGGACAUUUUGGACGUGGAAGAAUGAGGAAUAUCCGUGGUGA